AUGAAAAGUGUGGAACAACUAUUUCCUCAAUUUGAGGUAGUUAAUAUAGUUAAAUAAAACUAAUAUAAGAAGUCACUCAUUGUGAAAAGAAGUGGUUAUUAUUACAUGUUGAGAAUAUUUACAUUAGAAGGUAUUCCAAAAGAAAGAGUGUAAAGUGUAAUUAAAAUACUUUCUAAAAUAUCAAAUCAAAAAAAUCCACAUAUUGUUAAAUUUUAUGAAGCCACUUUGGAUUAAGAUAUGACUUAUUUAGGGUAUUUGUAUAAAUUUGAUUAUUAGAAUAGUGAGUGAUUAUUUAGAUAAGUAAUAUGAAUAUCCCAUGCAAGAACGAGAUAUUUGGAAUGCAAUAUAAGAAGUAUCACUUCUAUGUUAUUCAUUUAGAUAUCUCAAGCAUUAUAAUUAUUUCAUCCAAAAAGAGUUCAUGGGAAGUUGCAAUUAUAGAAUUUGUUUUAAAGUUAAACAAAUACUAUUUUAGGAGAGAUGAACAUUCUAUUAUAUUUACACAAACAAAAUUAUACUGAUACAUAUUUAUUAGCUCCUGAAUUCAUCAGGACAUAAACUUAUGAUUAUAAAUCAGAUAUAUGGAUGUUUGGAUAUAUGUUAUAUUAAAUGAUGUUUAAAGAUCCAUUAAUAAUAGCUAAUAAUAUUGAUGUUUUACAUAAAAAAAUUCUAAAAGGAAUUCAUAUUACAUAUAAUCCAAAUUACAGUCUUAAUUUAAAUAAUUUGUUAAGAUUGAUGUUAGGUUAUGAUCCUGAACUUAGACCUAAUAUAGAAUAAAUAUCUAUUUAUUGUUAAUAAGCAUAAAUAUCUUAAGAAGAAAUCAAUUUAAAUAGAAUUUUACCAAAAUUUAAAGCAGAUAAAUUAGUAUUACAUAAAAGGAGAAUUGAAAAAUAACAUAAACCUGUUGAAAAUAUUGUAUAUUUAAGUGAAGAUAAUUACAAAUAACCUUAUUUUCCACCUUCUAAAGUAAGGAAGCAAAAUAAGAAAUCUUAAUCCAAACAACUUACCUCAGCUUCUGAUUUUCAUUAUGCUUAAAAAACAAUGUAUUCUUUAUCUCUGCCAAAAGUAAUGAAUUAUCAAUUCAGUAAAUUAAAAAUUAAAGAUAGUAUUGACCAGCUGGAUAUGUAUUUAUAAAAUAUUAUUUAAUAGACUUUAAACUAAAACUCAUAUUAACAAACUAUAAAUUGAUAAUCUUAUUAAACUCUAAAAAAAUAUCAUUAACACAACUUAAAGAAAUUAAAUUGUAUUUAAUCAAUAAGAUUAGAUGAUUAAAUAAAAAAGUCAAAGGGUAUUUUAUUGA